AUACGUCAAGCAAUAUUUCAAGUGAUGUAAAGCCGAUUUAGACGCUGUAUUUCAUCACUAAACACUAUCGAGACAACAACAAACACUCUGAAAUGAGCGCUAAAGAAAAAUUCAGACRAUUAUGGGUUGGUUUCGCGGCUGAGCUUCUGUCUACGUGUUUCUUUGUUUUCAACGUUAUAGGGGCGACGUUAAUUACUCCAUCAUGGCCGUCGCCUAAUGUACUCCACAUUGCUAUCACUGCCGGCUURAGUAUUACUGUUCUCGCAACAGCCAUCGGUCAUCUCACUGGUGGACAAAUCAACCCGGUGGUAUCGCUGAGCUUUAUACUGACCMAGCGAAUUCAUCCAAUCGAGGGGUUAGUCUAUAUUUUUGCUCAGGUUUUGGGAGGUAUAACAGGUGCAGCAGUCCUUUAUGGUCUAAUACCAAGUGAAUUUAGAGGACAAUUUGGYGUGAAUAUUCCAUCUACUAAACUCGACCUGGGACAAGCGUUAGGCAUAGAAACAUUGCUGACUUUUCUUCUGGUGUUCACCAUUCAUUCUGUGACUGAUAACACUCGACCUUCCUCUGGUUACAUGGCUCCAGUUAUUAUUGGUGUAUGUGUGUUUAUAUGUCACAUGGUUGGGAUUCCAUGGACUGGGUGUAGCAUGAAUCCAGCGCGAUCACUUGGACCAGCGGCCAUCACUAAUACUUGGACACAUCAUUGGAUAUACUGGGUUGGUCCAGUCCUUGGCGCUCUGCCUGCUGGGCUCUGCUACGAGUUUGUUUUUGCUGCGAAAAAGAACAGAGUCCUUCCCGACGAAUCAGUUCGCCAAAAUGAGGAACUUUGACUUAACGCAAUCUUUGCAUUGCAAACAACACAGACUUAUAUAAAAAUGCGAGCUCAUGUAUAUAUAAGUGUAACAUAUAUUUAUUGACAAAAAUAACUUUACUGACGUGGUUGAGCUGACAUAACAAAAAAUCAAUCAACAGAAACAAAGUGAACAAACGAAGAGAAAAAAAAAAAGAGAAAAGAAAAAACUGAAGAACUGAGAAAAGGAAACCAAACUUGAUGUAAAGACUUGACUUUCGAGUGUUUUGGCAAAUCCUCUUGAGAUUUAUAAGUUUACAGGCAAAACACUUACACAAAAUAUUUAUUUUAAUUUAUUUGAUUAACGUCCAUGAAUCUAAGAAGGUAUAUAUCAAUGACUAUCACUAUCGUAAUAAUGAUAUAAUAUUGAUUUACACAAUCAGAAUCGCAAUCUUGCRCAGAUAUAUAAAACUAGUUAGAGGAUGACGUUUGAUCUUAACAGAAGAGAUUAGAAUACAUUCUAUAAGUAUACGUAUAGAAAGUGAUUUCAUACAAUAGAACUUGCUAUCUGUGGCCCUGAAUAUAUACGCGGUACCGAUACUUCAAGCAACUUUAGGAGGAGUCGACGGGUUCCUGGGAAAGAUAUAUCUGUUCUUAUGUCCCAGCCAGCUGUAAGUCACAACUGGUUGCCAGCGAGAAUUUUUUCCGCUAAAAUAAAAAUUUCCUAACUAAAAAAAUAUAAGCCGUUUUUGACCAUAACUAAAAACUUAUMUAAGCCUUCAGUAUUCACCUGAAAAACGUUAACCAGGAACAAAAUUAUUUUAAAGAACGAAGGGAGCCACAUUUGCUUGUGAG